AUGGCCUUCGUCCAGCUUGGCUUCGAGUAUAUGAGCCCCGACACACCCAAGAAGGAGAUUGACACCAUCCACUUCACAGUGGACGACAUGCCUGGGGUGGCCUACGCCAUUGGUGUGGAGAUCCAUCUCAGCGCACAGUUUGUUGCUACUUUCACUGGAGACUUGGUUUUUGAGCUCCGAGGCGUCUUGUACCACGAGAUGACUCACAUUUGGCAGUGGUUCGGCAAGGACGGGAGCCGGGCGCCACAGGGACUGAUCGAGGGGAUUGCCGACUUUAUGAGGCUCAAGGCUAAGCUAGGUGUGUCGACCAAUGGGUUUGUGGGGUCGGGGAGCCACUGGGACGAGGGGUAUACCGUGACUGCAUUGUUUCUAAACUAUGUCAACGAUCUCCAUCCCAGCUUUGUGGCAGAGCUUAACAAGAAGCUCUAUGACGGGUGGAGUGAAGGCUACUUCCAGGAUCUGACUGGAAAGAGUGUGGAUCAGUUGUGGAGCGAUUACAAACAGAAAUUUCAAUGA